AUGGAUGAUCAAUAUAAAAAUGAUCAUCAAAAUUUUGUUUCAGGUAAUGAUGGAUCUACCUUUUUUGAAACAUGUUUCAUUUUAACUUUAAUGCCAAUAUCUGUAUUAUUUCAAAGAGUAGUAUUUGCAACAUUUUUCAACAAUGACAAAUUCCCAUUACCAUUGGCACUCAGAUUUAUAUUAGAAUUUUUUUUUAUUAUAGUACCAUUUAUAUCAGCAAUCACUUUUACAGAAUUAACACCAUUUUUAAUUGUUGGUAUGCUUAUUACAUGUUUAGUAGUUCCAAUGUUUGCACAAAAAAAUGUUACAAUUUAUUUUAAAAAUCCAAAAGAAACAUUAUUAAAUUUAAAUUCAAUGAGAAAAGGAUUUCUUGAAGAAUAUAGAGCAUUUGUAAUGGCAGCAACUUGUAUUUGUAUUUUAGCAGUUGAUUUUCAAGUUUUCCCAAGAAGAUUAGGUAAAACUGAAACUUAUGGUAUCUCAUUAAUGGAUAUUGGCGUUGGUUCAGUUGUAUUAUCAGGUGCUUUAGUUUCAAGACAAUCAAGAUCAUCUUUAAUUGAAAAACAACAAAAAAAGAAAAGAGAAGAGGAAGAAGACGAUAAUGAUAAAAUAAAUAAAACUUCAUCAUCAUCAUCAUCAUCAUCAUCCGCUUUAAAACAACAACAACAACAAGUAUUAAGUAGAAGUUCAUUAAUGUGGCAUCAAGUUAAAGCACAAGCACCAUUAAUGAUAUUAGGAUUUGUUAGAAUGAUAUUAACAAAAUCAAUAAAUUAUCAAGAACAUGUUUCAGAGUAUGGAUUACAUUGGAAUUUCUUUUUUACAUUAGGUUUUGUUUCAAUCUCUUUAGCAUUCUUAAAAUUUAAUGCAAAUAUUUCAGCGAUUUUAGGUGUAGUACUCAUUUGUGUAUAUCAAUUCCUAUUGAAUAGUUUUGGAUUAACAGAUUAUAUUCUCAAUCAUCCACGUGAUAAUUUAAUUUCAAUGAAUAAAGAAGGUAUUUGUAGUUUUGUUGGUUAUUUAGCAAUUUAUUUAAUUGGUACUAAAAUCGGUACAGAAUUAUUUAAAGUUAGAUCAAGCUUGACAGAAUGGAGAAAAUUUGCAACUAAAUUAUUAAUCUCUUCAAUUGUUUUCUAUAUUCUUUGGAUUUUAUGUGAAAUCUAUAUUGACAAAACUUCAAGAAGAAUGGCAAAUUUAGGUUAUGUAUUGGCAAUUCUAUCAAUAAAUUUAUUCAAUUUCUCAAUAAAUAUACUCAUUACAUUGAUCACUGGUAAUCAUAAUGCAUCUGUAAUUGCAAAAUCAAUCAAUCGUAAUCAACUAUUCAUCUUUUUGUUAGGUAACAUCUUAACUGGUUUAAUUAAUUUCUCAAUGAAAACAAUUUAUGCACCAGUUGAACAAUCAAUGAUUAUCAUUACUUCUUAUACUUUUGCUUUAUGUUUAUUAGCUUUUAUUUUAGAUUAUAAAAAUAUUAAUAUUAAAUUUUGGUAA